CAGAGAGGAGAGGAGCUUUCAUUACAGUGCCAGUGUGACUGGCAGAAUGUCGGAGAGCAGCAGAAGUUUCUCACAUCACAACCUGACAGGAGAGAGACUGAUUUAGUGAGAUUGCAGCUGAACAUAGGAAUGGCAUCAGAAAGACCCGCUAGCACUGUCAGAGUCGGCUGUGAGGUCAACUGACAACGACACAGCAGAAUCAGAACUUUCAGCACCCUGAGCAAAUAAUAAACAAAUGUUUCCAACAAGAGACCGUCUCUGGGCCCAAAUGUGUCAGUCAGCAGGCCUGGCCGGGCCCAGCACUCAGGAAAAGGACUAAGAACACAAUGGAGUGAAAUAAGAGGGAUGCUGCUGGUUUGUUGGGUGCAGGAGGAAGUUGGCAGGGAUCCAUAGUUAUUUGCAAUAUAUAGAGGAUAAGAAUAUUUUUAGGACUUUUUUUGAAGAAAAAAAAAAAAGGAUAAUUUUGCCUGGAGGAAGCUGGUGGCUUCAGAAAGUAGAGAGGCAGACCCGAGCAUGGUUCCUGUUUUCUCUCUGGGCUGAGUCCCUUCUAUUGGCCCUCUUUUGUCCCUCUCUGAGGUUUGUGAAGACCCCUGACAAGGAGACACUUUGAAUGCCCUGAGGCAGCUAUCUUUAAUUUCACUUCUAACCAGAGAUCUAAGAAGAUGGGCAGCAGUUUGACGCUGGUUGGGGCCCUCUGGGCUUUCCUAUCCUUUCUCACAGCAGUUGCCAGCUCGGCCAGUUAUUUUGUGCCCUGUUGGCUCUUUGGUUCCCAGCUGGGGAAGCCAGUUUCAUUUGGCACCUUCCGACGGUGCACGUACCCAGCUCAGACGGAGGAGAGGCACCUGGUGAUGGUGGAAGAAUGUGGGAGGUAUGCCAGUUUUGGGGCUAUCCCCAGCUUAUCCUGGCAGAUCUGCACCGUGGUGACCGGAAUUGGCUGUGCCUUGCUGCUCCUGGUGGCGUUAGCAGCCAUCCUGGGUUGCUGCGUGGAAGAGCUCAUCUCUCGGAUGAUGGGACGCUUCAUGGGGGCAGCCCAGUUUGUAGGAGGGCUGUUGAUAAGCUCAGGCUGUGCUUUGUACCCCUUAGGAUGGAACAGCCCAGAAAUACAGCAGACAUGUGGGAAUGCCUCCAAGCAAUUUCAGUUAGGAACCUGCAGACUUGGCUGGGCAUAUUACUGCAUGGGAGGUGGGGCAGCUGCAGCCAUGCUGAUCUGUACCUGGCUCUCAUGCUUCGCCGGAAAACAUCCCAGACCUAUCAUGUUAGUGAAGAGCAUCAUGCAGAGUGCAAAUCCGUAUGGAGUGGAGCUCGAGUGCUGCCUUAAACAAUGAGCUUUCCCGGAUACUCUCCUAAAAAAGAAGGAGGAGCGCUGGCCACAUGGUCCAAACUUCUCUGACUGAUACACAUGAACCCCCACUUUUCUGUCGACAGCAGGGGCCAAAGACUGCUCCCAACUACUGUUGCGUAUCUGGGCUAACUACAUUCAGGUGGGGUCACUCUAGAUUUACACUGGUGUAACUGAGAGCACAACUUGGCUACAAUGAUCAUAGAAACAAUGACAGUCUCCUUGCGGACCAGGCGCUAAGAACAAGAGGCCAAUUUCCUCUGCAUCGUGAUUCCCUUGAAAGCAGGGGAUGAAUUUGGUCCAAGGAAAAUAAGAAUUCAUUUCAUGCAUUCUCUGAAUGUAAGAUACAUCUCCAUUAAUAAUAAUACAUAACUCUUAUCUAGCAUUUUUCCUCAGAAGAUCUCAAAGCGUUUUACCAAUGAGGGCAGUGUCAUUAUCCUCAUUUUACAGAUGGGGAAACAGAGAGGUAAAUUGAGUUGCCCAAGGCCACACAGUAGGUUAGUAGCAGGGCAGGAAAUAGAACCCAGAUCUUCUGUGUCUCAGUCCAGUGCGCUAUCUACUUGACCACACUGCCACACUCAGUAGUGGGCUUCAGGCUGCUUUGCUUUGCUCAGCUUGCUGGUUAUGCCAGGUUGUGGUUGCUUUACAAUUGCCGGAGCAGCGCAGUACUGGUGCAGAAACAGGAAACGGAGCCCCAUGUGUAGUGUGUAUCUAAAAUGUCUCCAGCUGGGACAAGGCUGAAGCAAGGAGGGGGAGGUGCUGCAGCUGUGUUCCUUGCAUCCAACCUUAAAUAUAGGAGCUUCUCCCUUCCCUAACCUAGUGAAGAUAUAGAGUUUGUCCAUCUAGCAUAUGCGUCCCUAGAUGGAGUUAAGAUAAAGCUGGCAGUGAGUGGUAUAUAUAGAUUGUUCUGUAGCAAUAUGGAGUUCUGAGUUGACUGAGUUCCUCUCCAUGGCUAUUGCAGGGCCUCAGAAAUGUGAAGAUUGUCUCCAGAGUACGGUCAUCUUAGGAUCACUGAGCACUUCAUCAGUGCCAUAUGCUGCAAAGUCCAAUGAAGGGCACGCUCUGGGCUUAUAAAUGUGUGUAUUCCUUUAACCCUGCAGGAGAACAAGCUGGAGAAAAAGCUUAU